UUUUUUUUGGUUAAAAGCUCUUCUUCCAUGAAGUCAUGAAUAUCUCUACAAACACUUCAGCUUUUUACUCCUUUUCGCUCUCUCAUUCGUAAAAUAUUCCAUUCAUUAUAUUUUUAAAAUGCAGAAGGUCACUGCUUAUACUUUGGACGUAAGCAAGUAAUUGUUGUGACCAAGUUUUCUCUUCCACGAUAUUUUGUCUUCUUUUUCAUCAUUAAUUCACGAUCGAUUUUUCCCACCUGUCGCUUUUGUUUGGUGGCCACAACACAAGUCAAACGACUAGAAUCGAUGCCUUAGCUUUUGCCUCAACGUCAUAUCCCAAUUCUACGGCAUCCUACGUAUCAGUCACGUGCUUGAGUAAGUCCUCGACUGGUAUAAAAUCAGAAGUUGAUUAAGGGUUCGUUCAGUUUGACGAAGACCGUUGCUGAGUGUCCGCGUGUUGGUUGGAGUAUCGCGCGACAAACAACUUCAUCCAUUUGCCAUCAAACAGCAUGAACGACAGAGUUCUAAGUAUAUUUGAAUAAAGGUACAAGCUGUGAAACGCCGUGAGCCACCAAUCAAGCAGUAGGAAUCGUAAGUCGCACAAAACCCGCAUCCUGCCAUAUUUAUUCAGUCUGUAGUUUUCCUUUCACCUUGGACUAACUGGACGAUACGAUUGGAGAAUUUCUAAUAUCACUUCUAGCCCAAGUCGCUGAAGAGCCGUGAAAUACUAGUUCAAGAUCAACGUUCAAGCGUCUCAUAUUGCUUAAAUAAUUGGAGCAAAAACAAGGACCAGAAUCCAAAUGGAAAGCCGCAAUUAUUCCGACACCAACGACAGUUCACUUCACCAAUGUUCAUUGGAUGAUGUUACGACCGAAGAGCGAGCAUUCAAGAUCUUGGGCUAUUGUGUUAUCAUUUUCUUUUCUCUACUUGGUAAUAGUUUAGUAGUGGUCGUAAUCAUGAGAGAUCAAAGAAUGAAGACGAACACAAACCGUUUUAUCGUUAACAUGUGCAUAUCUGAUCUUUUUGCUACUAUUAACGUCUUGCCGACACAAGUGAUGUACAUUUUAAGCAACGAAUUAUGGUUGAUCCCUGGAGCCUUCGGGGAGUUCUUUUGCAAAUUGGUUCCCUUCAUUCAAGACGUUUCUUUUGCAGUCUCCAUUUUUAGUAUGACAGUUAUUGCAUUUGACCGAUAUCUAGCGAUAGUCUAUCCUUACAAGACCCAUCUUAUUACUACUAAGAGAUGCUUAAUCAUAAUCGCCAUGAUCUGGGCCGUGGCGGUGGGCAUGCAUUGCCAUUACUUCAUUACCGUGAUUGUACUUACGAGUGAAAAUGGUGAUCAAAUGUACUGCCGACAAGUGUGGUCUAGAGAUACUGAUAAACAUAUAAAAAUCCAAAAGGUUGCCUUAAAUACUGGUUUCUUCGUCCUUAUUGCUAUCCCCCUCAUGUCUAUUGCUUUCUUUUACACGCGUGUAGUCAUGGAAUUGUACUGCAGGAGCAACGCUCUUGAGCAAAGCAGGGWGCAACGUCGCGUGCGUAACAAGGAGAAUCGAGAGGUGGCCGUCAUGCUAAUAUCCGUUGUUGUGCUCUUCACUGUAAGCUGGGUCCCCUUGUACACUUUUUUCUUUCUGCAACUACACAAAUGGAAGUUUGAAGCCAGCAAUCCUUGCUAUCUGAAGGAUGUUAAGUUCAUACUUUUAAUGUUAAGUCACUCCAACGUUGCGCAGAAUGCUUUCAUUUACUUCAGCUUUAAUAAACGAUUCAAAAACGGAUUAAGGAAGAUCUUUGGAAGCAAAUGCAAUCUUGAAGCUGUCAAUUGGCCAGAAUAUACAAAUGGAACGUCUACAGCAGUGGCGAGAAAGAUCAGAGUAAAUAGCAAGGCUAUCCCUGGGACAGAUSAAGACGAAGAACGAGUUAAACUGACAACAAAAUUGUAAAAACAUAAAUAAUAAACUAUUUUUUCUAUAGCGCACUUAUCCUAUGCUCAAGGCAUUAUUAGUAUUAUCUUGACAUUAAUACCCCAGGCAUGUUCACUCACUUUCCGUCAUAUAUAAUAUAAUAUAAUAUAUAUAAUAUAUAUAUAAUAUUAAUAUUAAUAUAUAAUUAUUCUAAUAUAUGCUUCAUAGUCAUUUUAGCCCGAGGCAGUAUGACGCCUCAGACAACAAAAAAAAAAAAAAGAAAAAAAAGGAAAAACGUCAUUAAUGUUUCACUUUGUAAACACUUUUCCAGUAGAGUCUCUUUUUUAUGUAUAUGGUUGUAGAGUAUUAAUUGCCUCAGCUGUGCUAGAAAUGUCGUUAGAUGAUCUCGAUGACUAUCUGAAGGGUUUUAAGCUCAUAGUUUUUAUGUUAAGUCACUCCAACGUUGCGCAGAAUGCUUUCAUUUAGUAAACGAUUCAAAAACGGAUUAAAGAAGAUCUUUGGAAGCAAAUGCGAUCUUGAAGCUGUCAAUUGGCCGGAAUAUACAAAUGGAACAUCUACUUUGGGGAGAAAGAUCAGAGUAAAUAGCAAGGCUAUCCCUGGGACAGAUCAAGACGAAGAACGAGUUAAACUGACAACAAAAUUGUAACAACUAGUAUUGCAUAUCCAUAUAUAUAUAUAGAUACAUACCCGAUCUCAAAAAUUCUGACAUUUAUCGGAUAUAUAUGCUUAUAUAUAUGUCCCCAUUUUUCUUUUGUCUUGCCCGGAUUAGUAUAUUUGGUUGAGCGUUACACUACUUUCCAGUAGAGUCUCUUGCACUAUCUUAUGUAUAUGUUUGUAGAGUAUUAAUUGCCUCAGCUGUGCUAGAAAUGUCGUUAGACGAUCUCACUGACUAGUAUAAUGUACUGCAAUAGUAUGAUGCAUUAUGACUGAACGGUUACCGACUCAAAUGUCGCUUGCGGUAAAUUGCUUCAGCUCUUCAUGACUGCCACUGACUGCACCGGUCUUUCAAUAUUGAUUUUCGCAUGUUGAUCUUAAUGGUUUCUUUUUAUCUUUCAUAUCUAUUUUUCCUGCAUGAAUAUCAUUCAUUUAGUGUAAAGCUGGACUGAUGUAUUUAUUAAACUCAGCGCUGUUUUUUCGUAUUGA